CUAGUUCGCUUGUGUUCCUUUUUUCAUUGGCUAUGUCAAAAGGAAAUCUCUUUAGAAGAGAUUAAUGGUUUAGAGUCAGAGAUUGUAGAGACUUUGUGCCAGUUGGAGAGGAUUUUUCCCCUACCUUUUUUGAUAUAAUGGUUCAUUUGCCUAUUUAUUUAGCUAAUGAAUUAAGGUUAGGUGGUCCCGUCCAGUUUCGAUGGAUGUAUCCGAUUGAGAGAUACAUGUGCACACUAAAAGGGUAUGUACAUAAUAGAAGUCGUCCAGAAGGAUCAAUUGCGGAGGGUUAUUUGGCUGAAGAGUGUUUAACUUUUUGUUCAAGAAAUUUGCAUGAGGGAGUGAAAACAAGAUUCAAUAGAGUAUCUCGGAAUAAUGAUGAAGGCACUUCAACCAAAGAGCCUGAUUCAAACUUGUUCACAAACAAGGAAAGUCCAUUGGGUGGAAAAAAAGGGCAACUAAUUAUUUUGGACGAGAAGUCACUCCUUCAAGCUAAUGCAUAUGUAUUGAACAAUUGCAUUAACGUGGAGCCUUACAUGAGAGAACAUGGUGAGCAACAAAAGCAAGACAAGCAGAAGCAAAAGUGGAACGUUGUUAAAGAUCAGAAUGAAGACUUUAUAGAUUGGUUUACAGGACGUGCCAUGAAGGAUGAUGUUCCUAGUUGGAUACGACAGUUGUCUAAGGGUCCAAAUAAAGUUGCAAAAUCAUUUUCUGCUUAUGUCGUCAAUGGGUACAGAUUUCAUACUAAGCGGCGAGAAGUGAUGCGAAAAAUACAAAACAGUGGUGUCACUGUGGUAGCUGAAACUACAAGCUUUGCAAGUGUUAAGGACAAAAAACCAAUCAAGGCCAAUAUAAGAUAUUAUGGUAGAAUCAUGGAUAUUAUCGAGUUAGACUAUUAUAGCCAAUUUAAAGUUGUGUUAUUCAAGUGUGAGUGGUUUAUUGCUGAGAAAGAUGAUUAUGGUCUGACAUACGUUCAUUUCAACAAAAGAUGUUACCAAGACGAACCAUUUGUGUUGGCAAGCCAAGCACACCAGUGCUUUUAUGUGAAAGAUCCAUAUAUUCCCCAAAAGCAUUAUGUGAUGAAAACGGUUCCAAGAGACUUGUUUAACAUUCGUGUCCAAUUACAAUUUGACCCUAACAUAAGAGAGCCACAUGAAUCGGCGAAUAGUCCGAUACCCUUGAGUGAUAUUGGCGAGGUAGACUUGGUUAGACAGGGUGUGCGACCCACUAUUUUUGAUGUGACACCGAACAAGAUCAAACCUAACCACAAAGAAAUAGAGUAUGAUGAUUUUGACAAUGAAGCUGAAAUUGAGGUAGUACAAAAAUUAAUGAAUAAUGAAGGAAAUCCCAAAAGAAAAAGGUUAAGGACCCUAUCACAAAUAGAGUCACAAAGAAGUCCCUUGAAGAUGAGGAGUCCAAUAAAAAAUUCAGGAAAAAUACAAUUCACAAGUGCUUAUGCAUUGCUAAAACAAUUUCAAAUCAAAAGGGAGCAUAUUUUAGCUGCAUGUGGGGAUAGUAGUAAACAUGAGACAAUGAAAAAAGGCAAGAUGCCGAAAAAGAAGUUGACAAGAUUUGACGUUGAAGGUCAAAGCAAAAUGGCAACCAAGAAGAUAACAAACAUGAAAAACCGUGAGGAUCAAAUCAAGAUGCCAACAAAGAACUGCAAUGAAGAAAAUCAUCUAGUCAAGAUGAAAGCCAAUGAAAUUGAGGGUCAAAGUGGUAAGAAGCCGUCUAGGAAGAAGGUGCCAAUGAAGAAAUCAAAGAUGGAAGAUGAUAAAACCAAGAUGAAUACCAAUGACGCUGAUGGUCAAAGCAAGAAGCCAACCAAUAAGAAGAUGCUGAUGAAGAAAUCGAAUGAAGAAGAUGCCAACGAAGAAGAACAUAAGAUUGAGUCUCUUAUCCCAGCUAUGACUUUGGAUGAAUUCUUCAAAAAAUAUGGGAUAUCGUUGGAUGAAAAUGAUGAAGAAUAUAAAUAUGAUUAUGAUGAUCACAAUCCAAGUGUUGGUGAUAGUAGUGAUAGUCAACUCGGUAAUUCCUUUAUCUUUUUUUUCAAUAGCAAAUAG